UGCUGAGAUGAAUCAACGGUGAGGAGUCAAGGUUUGACCAAAAAAGGAGAGGAGAGGGUGGCAUGAUUGGUUUUCGCCACGAGAAGCAAAAGAUUCCCCCACCUGGACCUGGUUUGCGUCGUGGAGAGAGAGAGAGAGGAAGGUUGAACAAGGACGCUUCGAUUUGGCUCUGUUCCUCUUCUCCAUUUUCUUCAUAGCUGCUCGCUCGUCACGGCGGAGGAGAUCGAGACAGAUUCGAUUUUGAAUUUCUGAAUCUGUUGAUUGGAUUAAUUUUGAAUCGGGGGGAAAAUUAGGGUUUGGAGUUGGUAUCUGCAAAGAUGAACGUGAUGCGUCGUCUCAAGAGCAUUGCCUCGGGUCGGACCUCCAUUUCUUCGGAUCCUGGAGGGGACUAUGGGCUCAAGAGAGCCAAGCUGGAUCAAGACAACGAUAAGUUAUGUACUGCUGGUGAUGAUCCGAUGCAGGUUGACCAAACGUCUUCUUCAUCUUCUUCUUCUCGUGAGAUGAGAAAUACAGACAUGGUUUCGCAAGAAUGUGUUGCUGGAACCUCAAAUGUGCCUCCUCCUGCUGCUGCCACCGUGAAUGAUCAGCUUCCGGAAGUAAUGAUCAGAGACGAGCGUAAUGCCAACCGCGAGGAUAAGGAUAUGGAACCAACUGUUGUAAAUGGCAGUGGGACUGAAACGGGUCAAGUUAUUACAACCACUGUCGGAGGUCGAGAUGGAAAGCCUAAGCAGACAAUCUCAUACAUGGCCCAGAGAGUUGUUGGAACAGGCUCAUUCGGAGUUGUGUUCCAGGCCAAGUGUCUGGAAACGGGUGAACAAGUUGCAAUUAAGAAAGUUCUGCAGGAUAAGAGAUACAAGAACAGAGAACUUCAGAUAAUGCGCUUGCAAGACCAUCCCAACGUUGUGCGGCUAAGGCAUUCUUUCUUUUCGACAACUGAAAAGGAUGAGCUGUAUCUUAACCUUGUCCUUGAGUUUGUUCCCGAAACUGUAUACAGAGCAUUAAAGCACUAUACCAAAAUGAAUCAGCAUAUGCCAAUUAUCCUUGUUCAGCUUUACACCUAUCAGAUCUGCCGUGCGCUGAACUACUUACAUCGUGUGGUUGGGGUAUGUCAUCGUGACAUCAAGCCACAAAAUCUACUGGUCAAUUCCCAAACCCAUCAAUUAAAAAUAUGCGAUUUUGGAAGCGCAAAGAUGUUGGUGCCAGGUGAACCUAACAUAUCCUAUAUAUGUUCCCGGUACUACAGGGCCCCAGAACUUAUAUUCGGGGCAACAGAGUAUACCAAUGCCAUUGACAUGUGGUCUGGUGGUUGUGUUAUGGCAGAGCUUUUACUCGGCCAACCACUGUUUCCUGGGGAAAGUGGCAUUGAUCAGCUGGUGGAGAUUAUCAAGAUUCUUGGUACGCCGACGAGAGAAGAAAUAAGAUGUAUGAAUCCCAAUUACACAGAGUUCAAGUUCCCUCAAAUUAAAGCUCACCCGUGGCACAAGAUUUUCCAAAAGCGAAUGCCACCUGAAGCAGUAGACCUCGUGUCAAGACUCCUCCAGUAUUCACCAAACCUCCGCUGCACUGCAUUGGAAGCAUGUGCACACCCCUUCUUCGAUGACUUGCGGGACCCGAAUAUUUCACUGCCAAAUGGAAGACCACUGCCUCCAUUAUUUAACUUCACUCCCCAAGAACUUGCGGGUGCAUCAACAGAGCUGAGACAGCGUCUAAUUCCAGCGCAUUGCCAGGGGACGGGAAGUAGCUCUUAGGAUCAUUCAAUAGUGUUUCCAGAUUCAGCAUUCCCUCCCUCUCGCUAUUUACUUCAGUGUGUACAUCAAUUUUGAACCACUUUGUGCUUCCAAUAUUUGUCGUCUGAGGAGGAGUCUUGAAAUCUGAACGCCGGGGAGCCGAUGGAGGGGAUGUGAAACAAUUGGGUUCAAGGAGCUUCUUCUGAGUAGCCUUUCUCUCAGUUUGCUUCCUCUUUUACCUUUUUCUCCACCUCCACUUUCAUUUUUCUUUUGUUUUUUUUCCCACAAAUCUGACCCCCUUAAAUGUUUGAUGUAUCAUUUUUUAAUGUUUGUAAUCCAUCAUGAAUAUGUCACUUGUCCUAAUAUCGCAAGCUUGUGUACAAUAAUAUUCAGUUCUCUGUUCCAACCUCAA